GAUGCCAGCUGAACAGCCUUCUGCUUCUUUGGUUCCUUGCCUUGUCACAAGAGCGGCUUGCGCCUUCCUCCCUCGCUCAGAGGAAGCCAGACAUCAUCACGAACCAGACGCAACUCUUGGGAAACCUCCAGCAUUGAAGGCAGCCAGGACAGGCAGACGCCACCGUGCCUCCUGCGGUCCUCCUUCCCACCAUGGUGUAUGCUUUGUGGUUUCUCUUCUCCAGACAGUACAUUUCUACAGGUCCUUGCUUUUUGUCCUGCAACUGGACAGCUUUCCUGCAACUUGGGACAGGUGAAGGAGCUGCGUGAAGUCACACAGUUCCCAUCACUCUGUAGCCAAGACUGCCAACCCCUUUCCAAAGACGGCCUAAGUCCACCACGAUGGAGCAAUGCAAGGUGAACACGACGGCGGGGGACGUCUUGAGAUGCCACUCCAACAUAGUGCCUCUGGAGUGCUACCUGGUGCUCAACAACACAUCACAGGCCCUCAUCGCCACAUUGUGUUGCACUGCCGGGACCCUCUGCGUAUUGGAGAAUACCUUGGUACUCUACCUCAUCUUUUCUUCCCCAAAGAUCCGCAGGAAGCCUUCUUACCUUUUCCUUGGCAGCCUCGCCUUGGCUGACACCUUGGCCAGCUUCAUCUUCGUCUGGAGCUUCCUCCAGUUUCACAUUUUCAGAGGGGCCGACUCCAUGGUGGUCUUUUUACUCAAGCUAGGAGGCGUCAACACCACCUUCACAGCUUCCCUCGGCAGCCUCUUGCUGAUGGCUUUUGAUCGAUACAUCUGCAUCCUCAAACCCUCGACGUACAAGGUCCUGGUGACUAGUAAAAGAGCCCUGGUGGCUUUGGUAGUCCUGUGGCUCUCCAUUGCUUUCCUUGCCUCCUUACCUCUAUUUGGAUGGAACUGCUGCAGACUCAACUCUCCCUGCUCCGAGCUCUUUCCUUUUGUGGACAACAAUUACCUUCUGAGCUGGGCAAGCUUCGUGGCGGUCCUUCUGGUAUCCAUUAUCUAUGCCUACGGACAUGUCUUAUGGAAAGCCCGGCAACAUGUUGCAUACAUGGAGAAGCAUCACAGACCCAACGGCCAAACCAAAAGCAAGAUGAGGCUAGACAUUAAGUUGGCCAAGACCUUAGCCAUUGUCCUGCUUGUCCUUGUCACCUGCUGGACCCCGGCCAUGGCUCUCAUGACAUACAGCAUCUUUGCCAAAAUGGACACCUCCUUGAAGAGAGUGUUUGCCUUCUGCAGCACCCUCUGCCUGGUCAACUCCAUGGUGAACCCGGCCAUCUAUGCCCUACGAAGCAGGGAGUUGAGCUCUGCUCUGAGGAAAGUUUGCACCAAUUUCAGAAGAAAAACUGACAUCUCAGAUAGCAAUCCUGAUGCAGAAAGCACUCAGAAGACCUUGCCGUUCGAAAACAUAGGGGACAGAUUUGUCGGCAGUUCCACAAAGACCCAAGCUUCAGAAGGUGACAAAAUGGAAGCAUUGUAGAAAUGGAUGUUUUCUCUUCCCAUCUGAAAAGACUUCCAAGCAUAUUUACUACCGAUCUGGUGGAACUGGAGAUGAAGUUGCCCCGGACACUCUGCAUGGAUUGUAGAAAUGCCAGAAUACAGAGAAGGAAAUACUUUGAAAGUGGCCAGAAGUCAAUUUCUGGUUUGGAUAAAUUGGUACUACAGUAUUUGAUGUUAAACCUUCAGAAGCACCCUGCAAACUUUUAAAAAUGGCAAACUGGUGCUGCUGGGAGAUUCCAGGAAAGACAAUGGCUGGGUGGCGUCUUGGUAGAAAAAUAUCCAUGUAGUCACAAUAUAGACAUGGAAUGAAUUUUAAACAUAUGCUGCUAACAGGAAUGGGAGCAGGGUAGUACAUAAGGCAAUGCCGUUCAGUGUCAUUGCGCAUUGCAGAUUGCCAUUUCACCGUGCACAAAACCACUUAGUAAUUGAUUGAUGUUGUGCAAUAUUGCUAUUUUGCAUAAGGGUUGGAUAGUACUGGUGUACCUUAUCUUCACAUAUGUAUAUUCAUGCUCUGCUGAGGGGAUAUUGAGUUGUAGUAUUGGAUUUCUUCCUCUGCCUC